GAGAGAGAGGAGGGGGGCGGUUUAGAAGGGACUGAAUAAGCAGUCAGUCCAACAGUCACAUUGUUAACCAUCACAUCUAUUUUGCAGAACUAGAUGUGAGCAGUGAGCACAGAGUAUUGACAGAUGAGAGUAUUUGGAGCAAAAGCCUUGUGAGACAAGCUGGUGAUUGAUUUUGCUGGUGGAUAUCAGGUUGUUUUCCAACGAUCAAGUGGGGGAACGAACGUUGCCAUGGAAACUAUUUUGCUGUUCCUCUCCUCACUCCUGGUUUGCGUGGCUGCUGUGGCAGACACCAGUACACAGGAUGGCAAGGAGAAAACUGAAGAUCCAUUUGUCUAUGACUAUGAGAGCCUGAGGAUUGGAGGACUGGCAUUUGCUGUUGUGCUAUUCACACUGGGAAUUCUUCUCAUCCUAAGUCGGCGAUGCCGCUGCAGUAUCAACCAGAAGCCCAGGUCCCCCGGAGACGAGGAGGCACAAGAGGAGAACCUGAUUGUCUCCAAGGCUGCAGCGGCUGCCAAAGAGACUCCAGCGGAGAACUGAGGCAAUUCCUCCAGAGAUGACUGCCCACUGAAAUUAUGAUGAAUUUUUAGUUGAUAUUAAACCACUACCGCCAUGAAGAUGAUUAUGGUGAUUGAUUGGCUAUAUGACAGCGUAAGAGUCGGGUUCUAUGUUUGGAGGAGGUGUAAUAUGUACAUAAACCUUGUGCCCCGACAAUAAAUCUCUAGCCUGUUGUUCCGUGCUCCGUUGUGACCGUUCCAGUCGUCUGUUCAUGUGCCUUUCUGUGACAGUCUGUCUCUCUCCAGUUCGUUGUCUUAGCCAGUAGCACCGUGUACACAAGAAUCUCCAUGAAGACCAGUUCCCUGGAAGAACUUUCAAUGUUGUGUGGUCCGCUGUGCUUUGUAUUGUACUUCUAUUGCCUUUAGAUUUUAGCAUUUGUCAUUCGGUUGAUUUGUUUGUCAGUUGUCCCUGAUAAUAUUUUUCACAUUUGGAUAAUGAUGUAUUUACCUGUGAAUAUUAGUAUAGAUAGAUCUCACAUAAAGAAUAUUGCUAAGUAUCCUGCAUUUAGGUCUACGUCUGAAUGGUUGCCUCUGUGUGUGUGUGUGUGUGUGUGCAUAUUGCAGGUGUGUACAUGCAUUUGCAGUGUGUAUGCCCUUUACUGUAUGUGUGUGAAUGUGUGUACAAUGCGUGUGCAUGUGUUUGUUUACAUGUAACUUUUAUGGGCCUUAUAUAAGACAAUCUCAACUGCCACAGUCCACUGACCGAGCACAGGAAUGGUUCACAGGUAACCGUGUGUAAGCUGCCCCACCACCGUACUUUACUAACCUUCUUCGGGGGAGGUCUUGCAUCAGCUGUCUCACUGCCUUGUUGUCCCCACCUCCAUUCCUCUGCUUUCUUACUGACUCCACUGAGCUUGAUUUUCCCAUACUCACUCACUAGUGCUACAAAUCUGUCUCUUUCUUUUUAAUGAUUUUUUUUUUAAAGUAGCAUAUUGCAUAUUCAGUCUUUCAGCCAUUGUUGUGCAGUUGCUUUGAAUGACUGCAGGUGCAGUUAACUUAAGAGUGUGUGUGUGCGCAUGUGUGUGUGUUGAGUACGAGAGAGAGACAGAGAGAUUAAAACUCUUUAUGUGCCAGACUACAUUAAUAGUAGCCAAAUAUAAACCAAAUCAUAGAGAGAGAAUAGAUGAACAGUCUAUGUUGUGAGUCAGGGGUCCACUGAUGUGGAUUGUAAUUCUGACUGUCAAUGUUUUAAAGAUCUGUACCAGUGAAUGCUAUGUUCAUUCAACGCAUGAGGCUUUGUUAUUUUGCAAGAGUUUGUGCUUUUGGCAUAAGAAAUAAAAGUAUGUCUGACCACACAA